AUGAGAAACCACAGUGUUGUUUCUGAGUUCAUCCUCUUCGGCCUGUCUGCUGACCCCCAGAUCGAGGCUCUCCUCUUUGUACUGUUCCUUGUUAUUUACCUCCUGACCCUGAUGGGGAACCUGAUGCUGCUGCUGGUGAUUAGGGCUGAUUCUUGCCUCCACACCCCCAUGUACUUCUUCCUGGGACAGUUGUCCUUCCUGGAUCUCUGCCACUCCUCUGUCACUGUGCCCAAGCUGUUGGAGAACCUCCUGUCUGAGAAGAAAACCAUCUCAGUAGAGGGCUGCCUGGCUCAGGCCUUCUUUGUGUUUGCCACUGGGGGCACUGAAUCCUGCCUACUCACUGUCAUGGCCUAUGACCGCUAUGUUGCCAUCAGCUCCCCUCUGCUCUAUGGCCAGAUGAUGAACAGACAAUUGUGUAUGGGGCUGGUGUGGGGCUCAUGGAGCGUGGCUUUUUUGGAUUCUCUUAUUAAUAUCCUUGUAGCUCUCAAUUUAGAUUUCUGUGGGGCUCAAAAUAUACAUCACUUCAGCUGUGAACUGCCUUCUCUCUACUCUUUGUCUUGCUGUGACGUGUCUGCAAGUUUUACUGUCCUGCUGUGCUCCAGCCUCUUGCAUUUCUUUGGAAAUUUCCUCCUGAUAUUUUUCUCCUAUGUUUGCAUUUUGUUCACCAUCCUGAGUAUGAAUGCUACCACAGGCAGAAACAAGGCCUUCUCGACCUGCUCCUCCCACCUCACUGCAGUGAUCUUCUUUUAUGGCUCAGGAUUACUCCGCUAUCUCAUGCCAAAUUUAGGAUCCACUCAAGAGUUAAUCUUCUCCUUGCACUAUAGUGUGGUCACUCCUAUGCUGAAUCCUGUCAUCUACAGCCUGAAGAACAAAGAGGUGAAGGCAGCUGUGAGAAGAAUUUUGAGAAAACGUGUCUAG